AUGUUGAACGUCAUCUCCGUUCGCUGGUUCGGCAUGGCCGAGUUCUACAUCGGUAUCUUCAAGGUCCUCCUAGCAUUAGCUCUCACGGCAUACACAUUCGUGACCAUGGUCGGCGGAAACCCCCAGCACGACACCUACGGCUUCCGAUACUGGAACAAUCCCGGUGCUUUUGCCGAGUAUCUUGUCUCAGGUCCUAGUGGAAGGUUCUGCGGUGUGGUGGCAGCCAUUGUACAGGCAGGCUUUACAUUCUGCGGACCCGAAUACCUCAGCAUGGUCGCCGCCGAAACCGAAAGCCCACGCAAGACCCUUCGACGAGCAUACAAGACCUUCAUUGUCCGAGUCGUCUUAUUUUUCGUCGGCGGUGCCCUCUGCAUUUCGAUCGUGAUUCCCUACGACGAUUCCACGCUCGCUCGCCUGCAAAGCGAAGGUGUUUCGACGGGCGCUGCCUCGCCGUAUGUGAUUUCAAUGAAAAGACUGGGCAUCGCGGGACUCGGUAGCGUGGUCAAUGCGGGCAUUAUGAUAUCCCUGGUCAGUGCUGGUAAUGCGUUGCUUUUCUCGGCGACGAGAACUCUGCAUGGGAUGGCUGUUGAUGGGAAGGCACCGAGGGUGUUUUCGAGGUGUACGAAGAACGGAAUUCCGAUCUGGGCUCUCUUUGCCUCAUUGUCACUCUGUUUGCUUGCAUUGAUGCAGGUAUCUGAGACUUCGAAUCAGGUUAUGAGCUAUUUGGUCAUUCUCAUAACAGCGAAUCAGCUGCUAAACCACUUCUCCGUCAGCUUAACAUACAUCCACUUUUCGCGCGCCCUGCGAGCUCAAGGCAUUGACCGAGACACGCUUCCUUACAAAGGGAGGUUUCAGCCGUACACGUCGUACAUUGCCAUCUCCGCCACCUCCAUUCUUACUUUGCUCCUGGGAUUCGACCUUUUCGUUGAUGUGCCCAAUAAUUGGAGUUUGAAGUAUUUCUUCUUGGACUACGCGAUGUUGCUAUUCUACAUCGUUAUGUUUGUGGGCUGGAAAUUGGUCAAAAAGACCAAGUUCAUCCACCCGAAAGACGUGGAUUUGAAUCUGGGAGAGAGCAGGAAUGAGAUCGAUGCAUAUGAGAUGAUGAUGGAGGAUAAGCCGAUAUCUCUUUCAACGAUCUAUUCCCUAACGAAAGAAAAAUGGUUAUCACUGCAAUGCCGAAUCAUCAGGACCGCCUUCUUCUCGCCAUUAGCCAAAAUCCCCGGGCCCAAAUCCUUCGCUCUGACCAAGUAUCGACUAGCAUGGGAAGACUACCGGAGCACCAGGACACAAUGCAUCGACCUCUUACACAAACAGUACGGCCCUGUAGUCCGUGUUGGCCCAAAUGAAAUAUCAUUCAACAGUCUGUCCGCGCUGCGGACUAUCUAUGAACGCAAGAAGCUCCUCCACCACGCCUACUCGAAAUCAUCCAUCCUAUCACCUCAGACGGCUACUAUGAUCGAGGAUAAAACCCGCAAAUUCCUAUCCCUAGUUUCCUCGUCGUGUGCCUCUCCAUCAGAGCUCGAGAUCUUCACAGCCCUCCACUACUUCUCCAUGGACUCAAUAACCGCCUUCCUCUACGGCCCAAAAGGCUCAACAACCUCGCUCUCUUCACCCACCGACAGAGCCCUCCUCUCUGACAUCCUCCACCCCAGUCGUCGAACCCUCACCUGGUUCGCAGUGCACUUCCCCCGUCUAACAAACUGGCUGUAUACCCAGAUCGGCCUCACCGAGUCCCUCAUAACCAAACUCGGCCUUCUCCCCAUGUCCAAACCAACAACUUACACCGGUAUCCGCGCGCACGCCUUAACCGCCGCAAGCACCAUCCACAGCACAGGUGUCCCAAACCCCACCGAAUCCAUCGCCACACGCCUCUUCGACGCCAUCAAAUCCAAGGCCAAAACCAGGGCACAAAAGCCCAUGGACCUCCUCGACGUGGCCAGCGAAUGCGCAGACCACUUCCUCGCCGGCAUCGACACGACCAGCGACACGAUUAUGUAUGCGAUCUUCGCGCUCUCGUUGCCGCAUAAUAGGCGUUUCCAAGACGCGCUUCGGCGAGAAAUCCUAUCUCUUCCCAUCGACAUCACGAAAGAUGAUAUCAUCCCCCCAAUGGCAGCUGAUAAACUGCCCUACCUCGACGCCGUCCUUAAAGAAACCCUAAGACUCUACGCGCCCAUCCCGAGCUCCGAGCCGCGGUUCUCAGACUCCAACGAGGUCAUCGAUGGGUUCGAGAUCCCCGCUGGUACGGUGGUCGGGAUGGCGGCGUAUAGUCUUCAUCGGAACGGGGAUGUUUUUGAGGAUCCGGAGGCGUUUAAUCCAGAGAGGUGGUUGCAGGGAGAUGGUGAGAGGGUGGCGGAGAUGAAGAGGUGGUUUUGGGCGUUCUCCAGUGGUGCGAGGAUGUGUAUUGGGGUUCAGUGAGUUUUACCCUUUCGUUUGGUUUUUGGCGGGGUGGUGGAAGGGGCAGAGUAAGGGAUAUGUACUGACUGAUUGGUUGUAGUCUGGCGAUGGCCGAGAUGACGACUCUCCUGGCGAGUGUUUAUCGGAAGUAUAUGACGGAGAUUGCGCCGGGGUUUGUGGGCGUGUCGCCGGGUAUAACGAAUCGGUUCGAGGUGUUUUAUGAUGAGGCGUUUGAGAAGGUGGAGGAGCAUACGUGCUGGGUGAAGUUUGUUGAGGAUUAGGGGGACUGGUAAGGUGGGUAAGGCCAGGCGCUGGGCGAGAUCUAGGGUAGAAAUAUGACUGGACGUUACAAG